AUGCCUGUCAUAAUCCUGCUGGGAAGGUCGAGAAUGUAUCUAGAAGAGCUAAGCAGCUGUCUGUCGAUACACUUCCGGGUUGUUCAUCUGGACGGCGAGUUCAAGGUCAUAAGGAGCAAGCUUAGCAACAUGGACCCAAACACGGCAUACAUAGUGGAGAACUGCGAAAUGAAGCCUCAGAGAUACGAGAUCUAUUGCCUGGCAAGGCGGAACGAGACUUCGUACUGCAUCUUGACUGACGGGGAGCUUUUGUCUUCGAAGCAUGACACGCCUGUCUUCUACGUCAAGGAAAGGCUUCCCAUAAAAGAGAUUCUGGACUCCCUUGAGUUUAAGCUCAACUGCAGCAUCGCACACAGGAAAAAGGUUGUUGGGUCAAACUAUUUAAUGUCUCUCAAGAAAAUCAUGAAUCAGGUCAACACAGAGAUGCCUGAGGGCUCGAGGGCCAUCCUGAAGGAUUGCGAAGACAGGAUUCUGAGGAUGAUGAAGCUCAAUCCCAUGGAGCUCGAUGGGGUUGAGGAGGCAUAUAGAGAAAUCGUCCGAAGCGAGCUGACGGCGAGGGGGUUUGAUCUCUGA